GUCUGGACGCUGGCUCAACAACCAUCAGUCAAGCCAGACAUCUAUCCACCAUAUGACAGCAGAUGGAGGCAGGCUGGAGCCAGAAAGAUGGAGCAGGAAGGAGUUGGCCACCUGGUCAAACCGAUGACCCACAAAGACAGUGCUGAAGAGGAUAAACAAAAACUACAAACGAUGGAUGAGUUGGCCAAAAUUGGAGAACUGGACGAAAAGACGUACUACUCACUUGCACCAACUGACAAGACCAAGCGAAGAUGCAAAAGCACCGGUGGUGACAAACAGACUACACCGACGGGCCAAGACAUGGAAGUAGAGAAGAAGGAAACAGCUGACGGAGAGGGACGAAAGAGGAAGAAGGAGAAAGGAACUGACACACUCAGCCGGGAGGGGGAUCGCAACCACAACCACGAUCUGUCGGAAGAUGAAGAGGGUGAAGGAGACGACGGAAAGGAGGACCAAGAGCGGCUCCAACAGGCAGUCAAAGAUUUGGAACAGGUGCGAGAUUUGGAAUUUAAACUCCAACAAGCGCAUCACCGAUAUCCCCGCAAGGUGCAGCAGGCAGGUGCGAGAACGUCAAAGAAGCAAACGGCUGCCCCCAGCAGCAAUCGUUUCGAUGCUUUGCAGAUGGAGAACGAGAUGCCAUAAUUCAUGGCGCAGCAAUACAGCAUCAGAACCAGAGUCGACGGGGACACCCUCCACGUUGACAACCCAGACUACACACGAUGGCCAAGUACAUACACAGAUAAAGAAGAGCUACCGAGUAAGGCCAAGCGAGGCAAGAAAGCACAAGGCGGAACAGGAACAGACGAACACCCGAAACAAGCCGCAGGUCCGCAGACAGAACCAGGCAUGAAGGCAGACCCCAGAAGGAAGAUGCGCAUUACAGAAGCACAAGUUGCCGCUCUCACUGCGACGAACAAGCUUUUCGCAAACAAGCACCAGUCCCUACAACAAACCGCAGACGAUCAG